AUGACCAAGGAUAAAGGUGAAAAAGCAAAUCCUAAAAGAAGAAAUCAGCCUAAUCCCAAUGUCAACCAGAAGUCGGCUGCUGUUGGUGGUGAAGAAAUAUUGUGCUGUUUCUGUGGAACUGUUUAUCAACCUGACGCUGGGUCAUCUUGUGAGGAUAUUCACAAAGUUAUUAAAACAUGCAAAGGCAUUAAGUGGUUUUGCGAGGGUUGCCAAAGAUUUAAAAGUCUUUAUAGGUUUCUGGGUGAUAAAUUCAAUGCUCUGGAUAUCCGUCUUAGUAGUCUCGAACCCGUUGUCAAUGACCUGCGAUUUUCUGAAGAUCUUAACCAAAUUUCUUCUGUCAUCCAAACAACAGCAUUGGCUAAAAAAGGCAAGGAAGUGAACAAGGACAAUGCUAUGUCGGUGUCAGGAUCACAGCCGUUGCAUGAAUUCCCUAACCUUCCUGUGGAUGGCAUAGAUGAUCAGUCCAUGAAUGUCACGAUGAGGAAAAAAAAACAUUCGUUUGGCAAGAUAAUUAACAUACUGAGCUGUUUAAAAAAUGAUUUGUCUGUGCCGGAGCCCUGUACUUCAGAUAAACCAAAAAAAUUUAAAUCCAGAAAGAAAUCGCCAUUAAAAAUAAUUGGUAAUAAGAUUAAUGAAGGCUGCAGAUUGCAGGCCAAUGAAUACCUUGUCAAAAAAAAGGUGUUCUUGAUGAGCAACCUCAAGGCCUGUAAUAGAAGUGAUAUCAUGGAUUUCCUAUCAACAAACGGAAUAAAGGUGAUAACUUGCUAUCCUGUUUUGGUUGGCAAGGACAAAUCUGUGGAUAAAGCCUCUAACAAGGAUGAUGAUGAUGCCUCUAGCUUCAGAGUCUGUGUUGAGGCAAUUAACAGUAACAAGAUGACUGACCCUGAUAUAAUGCCGAAGGAUAUUCUGGUACGUGAAUGGGUCUUUAAACAAAAUAAGCGAGCAAUUGAUAACGAGACUAAAAAUGGUGAUUUAUGA